AUGGGGACUAUUGGAAAAUAUAGUACAUCGAAAAGCGGCCAGAGCUCCCCGGCCACCGCGACGGAGAGAUGUCACGGUGUGGUUGCCUGUCAGGACGAACUGCCGGCUGAUCUAAAAGAUGCAAAGCCAGGAGCAUCGCGCCCACAAAAAGGUGACGACGAAAAUGGGGUGGAAAGGGAAAGCUUAAUGCACGGACUGGACGGGGAGAAGGGAAAACAACAGCAACUGCAGCAGCACUCGUAUUGUGAGUGGGGUCUGGGAGGGAAAGGGAAUGUCGUACUGUUAGAAUCAGUGUGGCAGGCAGGCAGGCGUGGAGGCACUACAAGGUUAAUGGCUGCGACGAAUCCUAAGUUCCCAACAACAAGAGCAAGUGAGGAGGCUAGAAGGUCAUGGAAGAAGUGGAAAGCUGGUCCAGUGGAUGGGGUUGUGGCUAUGGGGAUGUGGCUAUUCCGAGAGCAGCCUCUCCCAUCUGGACCACUCAACGACUACUGUUUGAACUCUCUCUUGUAUGCUCUCUACAUCUUUGAGAGUUCAUCCACUGGCUAUGUACGGAACACCGGAAUCCAAUCAAUGCUGUGCCGAGUACAUUUCUUGCUGCCUGAACGUCAUCUGAGAACCCCUCAUGGUUUCAUCCAAGGCUCAGAUCCAAUGAGAGCGAAUCCAUCCGGUAGAUCAUCCAAUGGAUGUGUCGACAUGAGAGAUUCACUCGGGAUUGGGACUGUCAGAUGCAAGCCGAUCAAAGGUGGUUGCCUGAAGGCGGUGAAAAUGAAAUCGCUCGAAAUUCUGGUUUGGAACUUUCAAAAAACAAAGGCAUUAGGCCAUUCUCCUCUCCACUUGCUCAUGCGUGAACCAUGGUUCGGCACAUCGGUCGAAUGCUUUGCAGCUUUAGGGCGACACGUUUUCGCCGAGUCCCUUGCUGCGGAUCAAACUGCUACUUGCGGGUUAACGCCGACGUCGCGAUCGAUAUUCGAGAAGGCCACUCUUGGCCAUACUCAAGUGCUACCACGAUAUGGUACUACAGUACUAAGAGUACCUCUUCACCUCCCACUUGGCACUUAUCCACCGUAUCUGUUCCAAACCAAUAUACUGGCCGACCGACAGCUCAUAGCUACCCAAGCUGGUGUCUUGGAGAAGGGGAGGGCAGGAGCGACCGUCGCUCAGCUGAAUGGGUCAAAUGUACACAUGUCGAGCCAUCACUUCAAGGCUGAUCAGCAAACAGGGACCUCUGACAUGUCUCUAUCGAUGCCACGAACUUCCCAGUUCUCUCUCGGCAACCAGCCACUGGAGUUCCCUGCCAACGCUCCUGGUCACCUUUCCUCCAGCACUUCACACAGAACUGAUACUCGGCGACUGCAGGCCUUUUCAGUGAUUACUGCUGUGGGCGACCGAGUCGGGUCCAUGACUAGGCUGGCCGCUAAUGCAGUAGCGCUUUUGCUGCGGUCGAUCGAUUGGCCAAGGCUGACCUUCAGCUCGCCAGAAAUUGCAGUGCUUUCUUUGGGUUCCUCCACUGAUGCUUAUAAGACUCCUUACCUCUGCCAACUCUCCAUGACCUACAUUUACAUGGCCCCUCAAACACCCCACCAUCUUGCUGAGAAAGAUCACUCCAUAUCCAUGUAUGGGCAGUGA